GGGAGUAGGGGAGUAGUGGGGUAGUAGUUUAUAAAAGUCGCAGGCGAGACCCAAGCAUUACAAUGUUACAGCAAACCCAAUGAACAAAUAAAACGUGCAUUUGUAUAUUUUCUGUUUAAGAAAAUCUGUAUUUUAUUGGCGUUCCGGUACUUUCAGAUUUAGGAGUACAGCACUGAUAGUGAGGUGUGGCCACACACUGUGAUUGACACUUUAAAGGGUUAGUUCUGAAUUGUAGCCUCCACCUCGUCCUGCUCUUACUUCUUGCUGGCAGUGAUUCGUUAUCAGAGGUGUAUGUGUGCAUAUACAGCAAUGGGUUUCGUAGAUCUGAUUCUAAUUUCUCUAGGAGCCAUAGUUGCACUGGUGUAUGUUCUAAAAUUCAUCAAGCUUGUGAAGAUCCUUUUUCCAAAGACCUGGUGUCCCCUGUCUCGGUCUUUCUUUUCAUCACUGGGAGAGUGGGCAGUUAUCACUGGAGGAACAGAUGGAAUCGGUAGAGCAUAUGCCUUUGAGCUUGCAAAGCGUGGAAUGAAUAUUGUUCUCAUCAGUAGAACUCUUGAGAAGCUCAAUAAGGUUGCCAAGGAAAUUGAAGACGACACAGGAAGAAGUGUGAAAGUAAUUGCAUCAGACUUUACCAGAGAAGAUAUUUAUGAAAACAUAGAAGACAACCUAAAGGGCCUUGAUGUGGGUAUUUUGGUCAACAACGUUGGGAUGCUUUUCAACCCCAUACCUUGUCGUUUUCUUGAUGUGGAAAAUCUUGACACGGCUAUAACAAACCUCAUCAACUGCAACAUGAAGUCUUUAGUAAUGAUGUCCAAGAUCAUUUUGCCACAUAUGGAAAAGAGAAAGAAAGGAGUGAUUCUAAACCUGUCCUCAGGUACAGGUUGUUUUCCUUGUCCAUUGUACAGCAUCUAUUCAGCAUCAAAGGUUUUUGUUGACAGAUUUUCAAGGGGUCUUCAAGCUGAAUACGGAUAUAAAGGAGUCAUUAUUCAGUCUGUAGCACCUUAUGGAGUUUCCACCCCUAUGACACUAAACCAGAAGGCUAAUAUGGUAAAUAAAACCGCAGAGGACUUUGUAAAUGAAUCAUUGGACCGCGUUUUGGUUGGGGACCACGUCCAUGGAUGCUUUGCUCAUGAAAUUCUGGCAUUGAUAAUAAAAACAAUUCCAUUAUGGGUCCUGCACAGCAGCGUAUCACAGGAGAAAGCCAUCGAUUAUGUAAAGAACAGGUUGUCUUAAUCAGACAUGUGAAGAUUUCAUUUUAUCUUUACGCAUAUCUAGAGACGGGCUUAAUACCGACUGCUCAUUUUGUAUUUAUAGCAGCUAUGGGGUAUGUUUUAGAUUUUAGAUUGUAACGUUUGGCUAUCUGGGGUGGCAGGGAAAUGUAUAAUCUAACAUAUUUAAAUAUAUAUAUAUAUAUAUCUGCACACUUAAUAAACUCGUUAAACAUAUUGCACAUAAUAAGUUUGUUAAAUAGAUAGCAUAUAAUAGAUUAGUUAAUCAUCAAUUAAAUAAACAAAUAAAUAACACAGCCAUUUUAUGAUUUCAAUUUCAAAAUUCCAAGUGAUCUAUUUAUCAUGAUUUAGGAAAGACCAUUCAUUAUGCUGUAUUGUUUAUGAUUUGUUCUUAAUUAAUUAACACUACUGGCACUAUACUUAACUUAGACUAUUAAAAAAAAACUAGUCAAAGGCCCAUUUAUUCUACGCAUAUAAAAGAAAACUAUAUAGCAUAACUAGCCAGUUAUGAUGCAUUGCACUAAUAGAAAGCGGUUUACAAUUACAUAAACUAUAAACCAACAAAACAAUAUAUUAAUUAAUGUUGCGCAAGAGUUCCAGCAAGUUUGUCCAAAUAAGCAGAAGUGAAAGAAAAGGAAGUAAAGUGCAUCUGUGCAUAGGAACAAAUCGAAGUGGAUUAUUAACAUUAGUUUUAAGAGCGAUUAGGCUAGUAGUCAAGAAAAAAAAAAAGCUUUAUCCCCUGCCCUUGGAAUCCCAGU